AUGUCUUCUGAGGACUUCACAGAGAGCUCUCUAUCUCGAAAGUCAUCUGUGUUCCAGGUGUCCUCUGCAGGUGGAUCCCAGAAGAGCAAGGAGGCUCUCAGCUCCCCGACACCAUCCAUCUCCCUUAGCCAGACGUCUGACUUCCAACACAAGUCUCAGCUGUUCACUGAGUCACACCUGGCUGAGAUGGAGAAAAUGUUUCAGGAUGAGGUCAACUCAACUGGAGCCCUGGACAUGAAGAUUUUCAUUAAGGCUGUGAAGAAGAUUCUGAGCAAUAUGUCAGACGAGAUGAUAGAGGCACUGUUUUUGAAGGUGGACCUGAACUGUAAUGGCUCCGUCACCUGGCAGGAGUACGUGGACUAUGUGAUGCGCGAGUUCCAGGGGAAGGCGAAGAUGAUGAGAAACCAGUAUCGCCCGCGCUUCCACCUUCCCAUGAGGAUCAUCCCCCUGAAUCACGGGUGUGAGAUUGUGAAAGUGGAGUUCCUAGUCCAGCGGCUCAAGAAGGUCGGGCAUUUCCUGACUGUCACCAAGGACGGGAUCCUGCAGUUCUGGUCGGAGUCCUUCUUGCUGACCAGCUCCUUUAGGCUCCUGGCCAAGCGCACCUCCCCAGCCCAGGUCUCCUCGGCUCUCCCUCUGGCAGCUUUACCAGAUCCAUCCGCUCCACAACCAGCAGAUGUCUCUUCCCCAGAGUUCUUUGAUAUCAGUAACCGUAAAUGUGUCCGAGCCUUCACCUUCAUCGAUCUGGACAGCUGCGUCAUGACCAUGGGCUACUGGUCUGACUAUCGCAGGGCUGUGUUCUGCUACGGGGACACCAAAGGCAAUGUGAUCAUCUUCACCUCCGACGAUGUGACCAAUGGGCUGUUCAACCCCCGAAUCCUCCCCAGGACCUCCAAAUGGGGGAUGUUUGGCCUGAGUGUUUGGAAAAAGCUUCAGGAUGCCCCGAUGAUGAGUGAUCGCGAACUAAAAAAAAGCUUAAAGGAGGAUGGUGACUUCAUAGACAAUGAUGAGAAGACCUUUCAUCUAGAGCUACAGGAGGAGCGGGAUCUUGCUGAGGCCCUGGCGUACCAGCAGCAGGAGCAGGUGGCCCUCAUGGCCCUCCUGUAUGGGAAGGCGGACACGGAGGCUGAGGCCUGGGCCAGGCUGCGCAAGAUAACCCUGACGUCCCCAUGGGCUGGAGAGCGCUUCCCGGAAGACAUUGAGGAUAGCUGGUACAAGUGGGAGUCCAAGGGCAAGCAGGUGAGCACAGUCCUGGGAGCGGCGUACAAGCCCAAGGAGCGGUCACGGAGCCCUGGACUCCUGUUCACCAACGUGCGGUAUGGCUGGAUGAAGCACCAGAUCUCGCCUCAGAUCUACCAAAGCCUGCACUUCAACGAGCUGGCGCCCACCCAGCAGCCUGACCUCACGAUGCACAGGGUCCUGGACCAGCAGAGCCAGCUCACCCUCCUGGUGACCCACCGCAUCCGGAAGGACCCAGGUCGCAACAGGGAGACUGUCCCCGAGCACACGACCAGCAUGCCCACCGCCAUGGCCUCCUCUCCCUCCUCCCUCUCUCUGUCAGCCUCAGGCUCCGGGUUCCUGGCGUCCGGCUUGCCCGCCUCCCUGCGGCCCCAGCCUUCCCCAUCCUUGCUGCAGCCCCAGUCCGCCCCCAUGCCCAGUCCACCCCUGCGGUCCUGUGCCAGAUAUCCAGCCCUCUCUGCAGCCGCGCACCCUGUUCUGGGACACGUGGGGACUCCGGACGCGCGACCUGCGGCAUGUGGGGAGCCAGAGCGGCCACUGCUGUGCGCCAUGCUGCCUGGGGGCCACGCUAGGCAGGGGCUUGCUGGAGCGGCGAGGAGGUCCUACCGCCCAGCCCAAGGCUCAGCCUCUAAGGGGGUAAAUGAACAGCCUCUCAUCUCUCUCGCCCCUUCCAUCUCGCAUCCGUGCUCCCAGGGGGGGCUGCUGGGGUUUCUGUUGCAUUUGAGCCUCAGCAAUUCAGAGGCCGACGGAGAGGAUCCUGCAGCCCCUGGGGUGGAGCCCUCCCUGCCUUGUCUGAGGGCCCUGGCCUGGCUGCUCCUGGCAGUGGCUCCCCUCUGA